AUGCUGUAUAGUCCUCCGUUUGUGGUCGUUGAAUUGCUAAAGAAUUGUGGUGCCAUACUGCAAACUCCUGCAGAGCUUAGCAAAACAUCAGGAGCAACAACAACUGAAGCUCCUGUCAGUGACAAUGUAUCUAAUUGCUAUUUUACCUCAAAGAUUCCUGAUACUUCUGUUGUGUGGGAUGAAAAAGACGAACUUUCAAGCCAUCUAGUACAGGAGAAAGAGAAUUUCGGCCUUUCACAAAUCAACUGUAUAAGUAGUACAGCUGGAAGUCAACAAAUAAUGCAGAAUUGUGAAUCCUCUUCUCCUUCAGUUAGUCUGAGCAAGUCACAGGACUAUGAAGGUAUACAAAUCAAAUCAUUCAUUGAACUGAAAUCUACAUUGCACAACCCUGAUAUCUCUCUGCAUCCACAUGAAGCUCAUAUUCAUCUACAAGCUUCUGUAGAUUCACCUUUUCAGACUCCACUCAAAGUGACUAAUGAAAUGGAGACACCAGCAACUGUUUAUCCAACCAAUAUAUGCAACCUUGCAGCUGGCAAAGGUCCUAGGAUUGAGACUCAGUAUGCCUAUCCACUUACGAAUCCUGUGGAAACUCUCAGAUGGAAAUUGUUUAAUUCAGAUUCAUUGGAACCACUGCAAUCAUAUGUUUCUGAUUCUAGUGAGGAAAUACAACAGAAGUCAUUCCGAACAGAGCCUGAGGAAUUGACUAUCACCCCCAGCUUUGUGUCUCCAAGAAAUAAGAGAAAACAUGAUCAUGAUGUUAUCUUCACCAAUAAACAUGUUUCAGGGAAGACUCUGAACAGUUUUGAAAUGCUUAAAACAACUAGUAGAGACAUGAUUACUGUUGGUGCGGGUAGCACUAACGGUUUAACCCAGGUUUUGAUGAAUGACAAAUAGGUUAAGUUAGUUUUGUUGUUGUCUGACACUUUGAUCGAGUGUGCAGGAGAA